AUGAAGUUCGGGUUGCUGGAAGCAGGCCUUUUAGGCGUUGCUUCAGUGGCUAGUGCCAAGGAACUGGCAUAUUCACCUCCUUUCUACCCGUCCCCAUGGAUGACCGGCCAGGGCGAGUGGGCAGAGGCUCACCGACGUGCAGUCGAGUUCGUGUCCAACCUAACAUUGGCUGAGAAGGUCAACUUGACUACUGGUGCUGGAUGGGAGCAGGAACGAUGCGUCGGAGAAACUGGAGGUAUCCCCAGGACUGACCCAUGGCGAACAGGCGAUUAUAACUCGGGAUUCUCUGCCGGAAUCAACGUCGCUGCUACCUGGGACAAAAGGCUGGCCUAUGCCCGUGGUACAGCCAUGGGCGAGGAACACCGCGAUAAGGGUGUGGAUAUCCAGUUGGGACCCGUCGCUGGUCCCCUCGGCAAGAACCCCGACGGUGGUCGUGUCUGGGAGGGUUUCUCCCCCGACCCCGUUCUUACUGGUGUGAUGAUGGCCGAGACCAUCAAGGGAAUGCAAGAUGCUGGUAUUAUUGCUUGUGCCAAGCACUUCAUUGGAAAUGAACAGGAGCAUUUCCGCCAAGCUGGCGAGGCUCAGGGAUACGGAUACAACAUCACAGAGAGUAUCAGCGCGAACAUUGAUGACACUACCAUGCACGAGCUUUACCUUUGGCCCUUCGUCGAUGCUGUGCGUGCUGGCGUGGGAUCCAUCAUGUGCUCCUACAACCAGAUCAACAACAGCUACGGUUGCUCCAACAGUCACACCCUGAACAAGCUGCUCAAGAGUGAGCUUGGAUUCCAGGGCUUCGUGAUGAGUGAUUGGGGUGCCCACCACAGCGGUGUCGGUGACACUCUUGCUGGUUUGGAUAUGUCCAUGCCCGGUGACGUUGUUCUGGGCAGCCCCUACUCGUUCUGGGGUACUAACCUGACUAUCUCUGUACUGAACGGCACUGUCCCCGAAUGGCGCAUUGACGAUAUGGCAACUCGUAUCAUGGCGGCCUACUACAAGGUUGGUCGGGACCGUUACCGUACUCCCCCCAACUUCAGCUCCUGGACUCGCGACGAGUACGGCUACGAGCACUACAUUGUGAGCGAGAACUGGGUCAAGCUCAACGAGCGUGUCAAUGUGCAACGCGACCACGCCAAUGUUAUUCGCAAGAUUGGAGCCGACAGCACUGUUCUCCUGAAGAACAACGGCGGUCUGCCCUUGACUCACCAGGAGAAAUUCGUCGGAAUCUUGGGAGAGGAUGCUGGAUCUAACCCCUACGGCGCUAAUGGCUGCUCCGACCGUGGUUGCGACAACGGUACCUUGGCAAUGGGCUGGGGCAGUGGAACUGCCAACUUCCCUUACCUGAUUACCCCUGAACAGGCUAUUCAGUAUGAAAUUCUGAACCACGGUAACGGCCAGACCAAUGUCUUCGCUGUGACCGACAAUGGUGCUCUUGACCAAAUUGCCGCUACCGCCGCCCAAGCUAGCGUCUCUCUGGUUUUCGUGAAUGCCGACUCCGGCGAGGGUUUCAUCAAUGUUGAUGGCAACGAGGGUGACCGCAAGAACAUGACUCUCUGGAAGAACGGCGAAGCAGUCAUCAAGGCCGCUUCGGAGAACUGCAACAACACUAUCGUUAUCAUGCACACCCCCAGCGCUGUCUUAAUUGAUGACUGGUACACGAACCCGAACAUCACUGCCAUCCUAUGGGCUGGUCUGCCCGGUCAAGAGAGCGGCCGAAGCUUGGUGGAUGUCCUUUACGGUCGCGUCAACCCUGGAGCCAAGACCCCCUUCACUUGGGGCAAGACCCGCAAGGACUACGGAGCCUCUAUUCUCACUGAGCCCAACAAUGGCAUCGGUGCUCCCCAGGAUGACUUCACCGAUGGUGUCUUCAUUGAUUACCGCCGAUUCGAUAAGGAUGGCGUGGAGCCAAUCUACGAGUUUGGUUUCGGUAUGAGCUACACUGACUUUGCUUUCUCCGAUCUGAAGGUCAAGGCUUUGAAUGCCGAUAAGUACGUUAAGACCACCGGUUGGACUAAGGCUGCUCCCGUGCUGGGCAAGGUCGGCCCGAUCUCGGACUACCUGUUCCCCAAGAACAUCAAGCGUGUUACCCAGUACCUGUACCCCUGGUUGAACUCCACCAACCUGAAGGAGUCCUCCGGCGACCCAUACUACGGAGAGAAGACCGAGAAAUACGUUCCCGCAGGAGCGACAAACGGAUCUGCUCAGCCCCUGCUGCCCGCCAGCGGCCCCAGUGGCGGCAACUCGGGUCUCUUUGACGACUUGGUCCAGGUCACUGCCACCAUUACUAACACCGGCUCUGUGACCGGUGAUGAAGUUCCUCAGCUUUAUGUUUCUCUUGGUGGUGCCAACGAUCCAGUCAAGGUGCUGCGCGCUUUUGACCGUGUUACCAUUGCCCCCGGCCAGAAACUUCAGUGGACUGCCACCCUUACCCGCCGUGAUCUCUCGAGCUGGGACGUUGCUGCCCAGAACUGGGUUGUUACUGACACUGCCAAGAAGGUGUAUGUUGGAAACUCGUCUCGCAAGCUGCCUCUUUCGGCCGACUUGCCUUCUGUUCACUAG